AUGGAAAUCAAUUGCAUUGAAUUGAAUGACAACGAGAGGCAACUCUUCAGCCAAUUGUUCACAUAUUAUGCCGAUUCGGAGAACUCGCAGAUUGUCCACAAAUCGGUGGCCAAACAUCUGCUCUCGUCGUCCCAAUUGGACGCCAAUGUGUUGGAUCAGAUCCUGGAGCUGUCGGGCUCUUCGAGUGUGCCAUCGCUAUCACGGCAUCAGUUCUACUCAAUGCUCAAACUGGUCGGCGCCGCACAAUCAGGUCUUCCCCUAAACACACACACACUGACCGCCAAUUCCUUGAUUAUACCAUUGCCUCAAUUGUCACCAAUUAAUUGGGAUUUGACUAAUAAACACAAACUCAUGGCUAAUAACGGUAAUUGUGAGACAAAGACUGAGUGCCCGAUAAGCAACCAAAUGAGUGGUUCAAUACCUCCUCCGCCCACCAAAUCGACGGUACGAUACAAUCGCCGAAACAAUCAGUUCUCGACAAACAGUGAUAAUCGACAGCCAAUUCAGACCACAAAUAAUUACAACUCGCUCUCCAAUAACCACACAAAUAAUGAGCAAAGUGAAUCGACUGUUUCCAGAAGUUCUUCGGAAAAUGAUUUAAACGAAUCGCCAAUUGAUCCCAAAAUUGAGAAAUCCUAUAAUUAUAGGGACAAGAGUUGGUCUGAAUUUGGCGACAAAAUUCAAGACAAACCCAAAAAUUGGGCCGAUUUUGAAGAAUCGCAUUAUUUAUUGGAGAACGAAGAGGAAGAGGACGACGAAGAGGAGGCAAAAAGCAAUAUCUCAUCGGAAGACGACUCCGCAGACAUCUUCGCCAUUAGUGAUGAUCAGAGAGCCUAUUAUACGAAUCAAUUCAAAUCGAUUCAAACCAAUCUAAACGGAAUAAUAACCGGCAAUAAAGCGAAAGAUUUCUUUGAGAAGUCAUGUCUACCGAUCCAAGAGUUGUCGCAGAUAUGGCUGCUGUCGGACAUUGACAAAGACGGAGCCCUAACGCUCGACGAGUUCUGUAUAGCAAUGCAUUUAGUGGUUUUGCGCCGCAAUAACAUCGAUCUUCCCUCACAAUUGCCUACAAUUAUGUUGCCUUUGGUUUCGAUGGUCGCCGACACCACAGAUGGAUAUACUGUUCCCAUACCACAGAUCACAGCCAUUACAGGCGCCGCUUUGGUCACCGAUUUGGUGACCGAUUGCGAUAAUAAUUACGAAACACAGUCUCCUUCUCAACAAAACAACGAUCUCAGCGAUAGUAAGAGCAAAGACGUCGAAACACUUUCUCCGCAAAACAAACAGUGGACUAAAUUUACGGAUUCGCCGACCCAUCAGAUUGUGGCCACCGCUACGACCGCCGCUAUCUCUCCGCCGAGCACUUCGUCGAGCGCUGGACUCCAAACGUUAGCCAAUUUUGACUUUAAUGCGGCCUCUAUUGGAAGAGAUCCAAAGAUUUUACAUCCCGUGGCUUUGCGCCUAUCACCAGAUGGACAGCCUAUAAGACACAAUAGCAUUGAGACCAAUCAUAGCGUUGAUGUUCACCCCGAUUCUAUUCGAACAUCGACUGUAGUUCAGGGCAAGAAAGACCCGCCGCCGCCACCGCCUCCCAGACCCGCAAGAAGUCAUACAAGAAGUUCAUCACUGGAUUUAGACAGACAUAUGGUUCGUUCUCAUGGCGGCAAUGAUCUCAUCUCUUCUCAAAUGCCCGUUCACUUAAAAAUAUCCAAUUCUGAGUACACAUUAACCCCUCCAAAAGUGCUUUCAAUACACCAGCAAAAUGUGGGCGCAUUCCACGCCUAUAGGAAGACCAAAACAGAUGCUAGUCUUGCGAAAAAUACAAAUAAUCUGAACAAUAGUAACAAUUAUGAGGUCGAGAAGUUGAGGAAUCGAUUCAAAUUACCACCAGAAGUGCCCAUUCCUAAAAACCCUUCGGACACAAUCGAGUUGUGGAAAACAAUUAAAUCAUUACAAGAAUACAGUAAAACGUUAGUUGAUUUGAAUAAUGAAUUGCUUCUGGAAGUGAUUAAAGUUAUCGAAGAUAAACAUUGUCUGGAAUUACGUUUAGCGCAACUAAAUAAUGGAUACAAAUCGUGA